GGUGACGUCCACCGCACCGCAAUAUACCCCACCGACGGGCCAAUUCCACACCCUUUUCCCGAAAACUAUAAAUAUCUCCGCCUUUGGCUCCCCCGUUUCGUGCCCUAGAAAUCUACCCCCCCGCCUUCGCCUCCUCUCGCCGCACUCAUGCUCGCCGAGCUCCGGCCCUCCAUUUCCCCCUCCCUUCCUCUUCCGAUUCCUCCCGAAUCAGUGGCCGAGCCGGCAGUGUUAUGAUCGACGGCUAGGGUUUCUUGGAUCUCCGAGCAUGGUGGUGUGUUCGCUCCCCGGCAGCGAUGGACGCAGUGGAGCUGCCCUAUCCGGUUGAUGUGGUGGCGGGAGCACCAGUGUGUAAGCUCAUGGGCUCGGAUGGCUUCGGUAGAGCUUUGGUUGGGCCCACUGUGAAGGAAGCUGAGCAUCGCGAUUUUGACCGCCCCGUCACGCUCGCAAGCCCCCCCUCGAUUGAGCGGUUCAGUGCGCUUCACGGCGAAAAAGAUGUGGCAGGCACUGCCCAUGCUUCUAAGUCACUUUUUGAGGGAAAAAUUGCGGCCACUGGAUAUCGCGGGCACAAUGAUUUGCUGCCCAGUUUCAAGAACAAAGAUUUCUGUCCAAAUCCUUCAACUGGCCACACAAAAUUUAUCCAGCUUCCUGGUGGCGAUGAACGCCAAUUGCAACUUAAAGCAGGCAAGGUUUCAAGAAGUAAUGGUAAAUGUUCCAAAAGAGCACGCAUAACUCGAGAAGAAGAAUCUUCAAGUUCAAGAAUUACUGAUGCUCAUGAAGUAGGAGACUUAUCCAGCAAAGCUUUGGUUAAAAGUACCUUUCUAGAGAGGAGUCAAUCAGGCAAACAAAGGAAUAUAGGUAGCAAACGUGGCGAUAGGAGAAAUUUCAAGUUUCCCCUGAGGACUAAAAGUGAUUAUUUCCCCGUGAAGGGAUGCUCUUCGGUUUCUAACUUAUCGACAGCUGGCAGCAAUGCUCUAGGAGUAUAUGGUCUGAAGUCAGAUAUCCACGAUGUUAUGAAGCUUGUCAAUGAUCUAUCACUGAAAGAGAUCCUUGAGGGUACAAUCAAGUGUCCCAUCUUAGGCAAAGAAAAGGGGAAGAAAGCAGCAAAUGCGAACGAAGCUAUAAUACAGUCGGUCAGAAAGGUCUGCUGUAUGCUUCAACCAGUAAAGUCUAGCAAAUCCCAGAACCUUCCCGAUUUUGAUAACCCGGACAUAAAAGUAUGCAGCUCUUUAUUGAGCUCUGCUUCCUUGGAAGAAAGUGCAGUUGAUGAUGACUCUGGAGAUCCGAACAAAGUGGAACUGUCUUCAUGUAAUGAGGAGUCUUAUAGGAAGUCUGAAAUGACACCAGUGCAUCCGCUUGGUACACCUGUCUAUCUGCCUCUGGACUUGUUUAAAAGGUUGGCACUUCCAGCGCCCAAAGACUUGGAUUCUCUGCUCGUUGAUGCCGCCAAACCCAUUUCAUCUUCAAAGAGUGCGUCUGAUCUUCGGUCGGGCAAGCAAGUACUUGCUCGCCGAGGAGGGCUACCACCUUUUCCUUGGUCACAUGCCUUCAAUGGAUACAGUCGGACCAAUUCUGAUGCAGCGAAGUUGGCCACAGGGAGAUCCACCUGCCCAGGUAAAUGGGUGAGGAUGAAGGACCCUGCAGCUUUAUUCAGGGGUACCCUUGAUAGUUUCACGGACUUGGACUCUAUCACUUAUGAUUGGAACUUGGUCCCUUGCCGAACAGUAGAAAUGGUAGCAUUGGAAAGCAAAAUUGCCACUGAUGAAUCUCCUGCAUUACCUUUUGGUGAGUUAGGUUCAUCAUCAUCAGCAGCUUUUUCUGUUGCCUCUGGGGCUCCUUUAGGAUGUGGAGAUGAGAUGGAGCAUCAGCAACAAGGGGACUGCUCAUCUAGUCUAAUAGCUGCUGCUCAAACACUGUGCGAGAUUGCAACCUCUUCAAGGAAGAAAAGCCUUGACAAGACAAAAUGGCCCAAGAAGCAGCCCUCGCAGAAGGCAAUGAAAGCCUGGAAGUUGAAACUGGGCAACGACAAGCCUGAAGAACUACCAGCCAGCCCAUUGAGACCUAAUGGUCUCGUAACGUAUCCUGACAAAAUAUGGCCCUCGAAGAAGCCGAAAUUCUCCACAACAGAGAGGUGCUUUGCUAAGGCACCAAUUAGUUGGGCCACUCCACGAUCGAGUCGAUCAUCACCAAGCAGGCUAGUCAGGGAGUCCAUUUCUGAGACUAAACUUUCCGUAGUCAACAUUUCGAAGCCAAGGAAAUUGAUACUGCCUGAUUGGAACGACGGGAGGGAAGGGUUGCAAUGACAUUGGAUAGCCUAUGGUUUCUCAGGCACGAUAAUUAUCUUACUACUCCGACACUGUAUUUAGUGAUUCGAUUCCAUUUCGAUGAUGAUGUAGCGAUUAGAUUGUUGUGUACAUACUAUGUACGUCUGGGUUUCACUAGACAGAGCGGGGGGUUAUUGAUGUUGUAACAUUAGCUUUCUGAGGGAUAAGUAGGAGAGAGCAAGAAAGGAUUCUUUUGCCCUUUGUGUAAAUCAUAAGAAAGAGGCAAGAUACGAAGAACUUCGGGUCUUCCACAGCCCUUCUGGGUUAUGCAAUAUGGUUGCUUGGAGUUAUUGAUGUCUCAUCUGGUUACA